AUGAUCGAACAGCCACAACCGUCGCAGCCACCGCCUGCCAUAGCCCGUCCCCCGCCCCCGCGAGCGCUUGGUGCAAAACAACCGGAUAUGUUUAUCAAAAUGAUCGAAGGGACAGCUAUACGAGUCGUAGUUGGAGAACAUCAAAGCUGCCGAAGCUUCAUCCUUCCCGUUUCACUCCUCUGCCAUUAUUCGAACUACUUCCACCAGCAAGUUUCUCAGUUGCGCUCGGCUGCCUUCUCUUCAACUAGUACCAACAAGAAACGAAAGAUUGCAGAGACUGACCGCCAAGACAAUUCAACCGAAAGUACGACGAAACCCAAAGAGACCAAAACGACGAUCAAGAUCGAGUCAGAUACUGACGAGGAAGAGGAAAAAGAGAAAGUAAAGAAGCCAGAAUGGGGCAUCCGACUCCCUGAGGUCGAUCCCGCCAUUUUUUGUCUCUUCCUCCACUAUAUAUACAAGGACGCGUAUCCGGCCUCAACCGACAUUAACACCGCUCAGGGAAUGGGCCAGCAGUAUGCACCUGUACCACCUAUAUCAAGUAUAGUCUCGAUGGCUCAUCACCCAAAGCCCACCCAGCCCUCCUUUGCUAACAACGAAGGUCAACGCGCGUCUACACCUAUUGAAAUCUCUUCCUCCUCCAGUGCUCUCAGCAUGCCCCCCACAGCACAUUCCAGCUCCUCCCCCAAGCCCAAAACAUCAAGCAUGAAACCGAUACCAGCACCCAAACCCACAGUACGCGGAAUGCUUCCAAUCGCCGCUCCCACCUUCAUCCCCCAACCCUUGCACCACUACCCCAUCCCCCCAAGCAUCCAGGCUCACCACCUCUCCCAAACCCUCGGCUCCCCCUCCUUCACUCAUUACACCCUUACCCGCAUCCGCAUGUCCCUCGGCCGCCACUUCCCGCUCACCCCCUCCCUCACAAAACACAUCUGGACACACUUCCCCGCCCACUCUCCUUUAUGCGUCCUCAUUCUACGUUUCUUGAUAGCGAACUGGUCGCACCCGGAUCCCCGCCGGUAUAAUGAGUGUAUUCUGAGGGAUGGAGCUGGGUGGGAUAGAUUGUUUGAGGAGGAGAGGGGGCUGAGGAAUGAGUUUAUUGGAGGGAUGCAGGGACGGGGUCUUGAGGGAGAUUGGAUGGCUGAUUUGAGGGCAUUCCGAGUUUAG